CCCCCAAAUACCUUCCAUCCCCCUCAUCUACCCCCACCCCCAAUACCUCCCAUCCUCCCCCUCUUCUAUCCCCGGCCCCCCAAAUACCUCCCAGACCAGAACAUAAUAUGGAAAAAAGCAGGGUUUCUUACUUAAAAAAACCACCACAACAAAAAAACAAAGCCCAGGCAUUCACAGUGCAAAGUCAAGGGAGAUCACCACCAAUUAACUUUUAAAAUGGACUCUGUAGCCUUGCCUAUAUUUUUCACAAAAGAGAAGCAGGACAGAAUUUCACUGAAUUGAGCCCUUGCAGACUGAAUUGCAUUUGAAUACCUCUUCACGUUGCAAAUUUAAACCACCCUCUUGGCUUGUAUUGGUUUUUUGGGUGGUUUUUUGUUUUUUAUUUAAUAGAAUCAUGUUUUACUUUUAAUUGUGUUAGCAGAUAAAAUGAAAUCCACAAAUCAGUGUGCCCGCUUUCCAUCCACAAACUCUACCACUGAAGCUGAUGGGAGCUGCAGGCAUUCAGCGCCUUUGAACAUCAGGUCACUUUUUGCUUGCUGGCAGACUUGUCUGAGGAUCUGACAGAGGCGAAGCACAGGGACUACCCAGAAGAACACAGGCAAAUCAGAAUCACUCCUCUCCUGCAGCAAUGGGUUGGCUGGAAGCAUCAAACUGGCAGCUUCACAUUUCCUUGAUAGUGCUACUCUCCAUACACACGAAGGGUAUCUUGGCUGGACCAGUUGUUGAUCCACAUGUAACAGCAGUUUGGGGGAAGAAUGUCACCCUGAAAUGCAUAAUUGAAAUAAAUGGAACAAUAACACAAAUCUCAUGGGAGAAGAUGCAUGGUAAAAGUAAACAGACCAUUGCUGUUCAUCAGCCUGAAUAUGGGUUUGCUGUUCAAGGAGAAUACCAAGGAAGAGUGUCACUUAAGAACUACUCACUUACUGAUGCAACCAUCACCCUACACAAUAUAAGCUUCUCUGAUUCAGGAGAAUAUGUAUGCAAAGUAGUUACAUUCCCACUAGGAAAUGCUCAGUCAUCAACAACUGUAACUGUAUUGGGUGCUCCUUAUUGGACCCAUUUAGAAAGGAUGGAGAAGAAGCUGCUAGCUGUGCCAGCAGCAAGUACUGUUCGCUUCCAUUGCCCUGCAGCAGGCAACCCCACCCCAUCCAUAUACUGGCUGAAAAAUGGCAAAGAAUUCAAGGGAGAACAUCGAAUUGGGGGCAUCAAAUUACGGCAUCAGCAGUGGAGCCUAGUGAUGAAGAGCGUGGUUCCGUCAGACCGAGGGAACUACACGUGCAUUGUAGAGAACAAAUAUGGCAGCAUUAGGCACACUUACCAGCUAGAUGUAGUAGAAACGUCCCGCCACCCGCCUAUUCUCCAGGCUGGACUGCCUGCCAACCAGACUGUGGUGGUAGGGAGUGAUGUCGAAUUCCACUGCAAGGUGUACAGUGAUGCCCAGCCUCACAUCCAGUGGCUAAAACACGUGGAAGUCAACGGCAGUAAAUAUGGAUCCAACGGGACGUAUGUCACGGUGCUAAAGACGUCAGGUGUUAACACAGCGGAUGAGGAGCUAGAAAUUCUGUACUUGCGAAAUGUUACUUUUGAGGAUGCAGGGGAAUAUAUUUGUCUCGCUGGGAAUUCUAUGGGGUUUUCACAUCAUUCUGCUUGGCUGACAGUUCUACCAGAGCUAGUGGAGGCGGAUGAUUCUGGCUCCGUUUUUGCUGUCAUCCUCCGCUAUGGGGUUGGCUUCGUUUUCUUCUUCUUGGUGGUUGUCAUCGUGAUUGUCUGUAGGGUGAAAAUGACCAACAAAAAAGCCAUGAACACCCCCACUGUACAGCUGGUGUCAUUGGAGUCAAACCCUUCCAUGAAUUCCGGUACCUCUCUGGUCAAUCUCACCCACCUCUCAUCCAGCGAUGGGCUGAAGCUAGCAAAUGUCUCAGAGCUCGAGCUGCCUGCUGAUUCCAAGUGGGAAUUAAUGAGAUCUCGCCUGACUCUGGGGAAACCUCUGGGUGAAGGUUGUUUUGGUCAAGUGGUGAUGGCAGAAGCGAUUGGGAUCGAUAAGGACAAACCAGACAAGGCCAUCACUGUAGCUGUCAAGAUGUUAAAAGAUGAUGCUACUGACGAGGAUCUUUCUGACCUGGUGUCCGAAAUGGAAACGUUGAAAAUGAUUGGGUACCACAAAAAUAUCAUUAACCUCCUAGGCGCCUGCACGCAGGAUGGCCCACUUUACAUUCUGGUAGAAUAUGCGUCGAAAGGGAACUUGCAGGAAUAUCUCCGGGAUCGUCGGCCGCCCGACAUAUUUUCACUCGACACCUGCAAGCUGCCAGAAGAGCAUUUAACAUUUAAAGAUUUAGUCUUGUGCGCCUACCAGGUGUCCCGUGGCAUGGAGUAUUUGGCGUCUCAGAAAUGCAUUCACCGAGACUUGGCAGCCAGGAACGUGUUAGUCACUGAAGACAAUGUGAUGAAAAUAGCCGAUUUCGGCCUAGCCAGAGAUGUUGGCAACAUCAACUGUUACAAGAAAACAACCAGUGGUCGGCUGCCUGUGAAAUGGAUGGCUCUAGAAGCAUUGUUUGAUGGGGUCUACACUCACCAGAGCGAUGUCUGGUCUUUUGGAGUGCUGCUAUGGGAGAUCUUUACUUUGGGGGGGUCUCCAUAUCCGGGAAUUCCAAGCGAGGAACUCUUCAAAUUCUUAAAAGAAGGCAAUCGGCUGGACAAGCCAGCAAACUGCACUCAUGACCUGUACAUGAUCAUGAAGGAGUGCUGGCAUGUAGUCCCAUCAGAACGGCCAACCUUUAAGGAGCUAGUGGAAGACCUGGAUAGGGUCCUUACUGUAACACCAACUGAGGAGUACCUUGACCUCUCCAUGCCAUUUGAACAGUAUUCCCCCGCCCACCAGGACACACACAGCAACCACUCUUCGGGAGACUAUUGCGCAAUGAAGGCUCUUCCGUGAAACUACUUGGAAAUACUGAGAGACUGUAUAGAUGUACAUUCCUUUAACAAAUUACAUUUAAUGUUAUAAAUAUAUAUAUUCAUUUUUUAAAAAAUUAGUUUAUCCUGGAUUGCAGUGAGCAAAGGUAAGUUUAGUUUGCAAUACAUCAUCAGUGGUUAAACAAAUAACAGAGGGACGAUUUUUACAUAUUUGAAAAUCUAAGGCCAAGAAUUCGUCCAUCAGUUUAACCACUGGGCAUUAAGGGGGUGUGGGUGUUUAUUUUUCUAUUUUUGAAUGAAGGUAUCUUCGUGGUUGAUCUUAAAAACAAGUAUGCAGCAAAGCUAAAUGUUGACUUUGAAUGAUGCACAUUAUUUAUUUAUUUUUCUCCUUGCCAGUAUCAUUGCAUUGUUGGAUUUCAGAAAUAACACACUGGCAAAAUAGCAAGAAGAGCCACAUUCUUUAUAGGGGAAGUACAAUGAUUGUAUAUCACUUUUAAGUCUAACGCAUGCUAAAAAUGCCAAUAAUGCCUAAUUUGCUGGACUUACCUUUGUAUGCUAUUUAUGUGCAUCUGUAACAAAUCACUGUUUCAAAGCACACUAAAUAAAGAGGGGAACUUUAGUAUGGACCAAGAAGGCAUGGGGAGGUAUUUUUAUGAGAAGAUUUUAACUCUUUUACUAACACAAAGAGGCAAAUAUCAUAAUAACAUGGUGGUUUGGUUUAUUUUUUCCCCUGUGCUUACGACAUAUCAGUGAUUCAAAAUAACAGGCUGACAGCAUCUCACAUUAGUAUUAUUUUUUAGCACCACAAGGCUCUUCUCAUAAAAGUAAUAAUUUAUAGUUUGAGGUUAUGUCAGUGGAAGUUCUUGAGAAAGUAGAUUUCUAUAGAUUUGUGUGGGGGGGGGGUUAAUUAAAAUAAAUUUUGGUAUUUUCUUACAAAUGUCUGCUAAUUGUACAUUCCAAGUACCUAAAGCAUUAGGCUUCCCAUUAAAAAUGUACAAAUUUGUGCAUGAUUUCAAAUGUUAUUAGAUAUUAUAAAUAUAUAAUGUAGUGAGGUUUUUACAAGAUGUAUCUGUAGACUUGUUGACUUUAACAUUUCUUAUACAAUGCUUAUAUAGUUUUAUAGCCUGGACUGUUAUCUUUUAAAGCUUUUUUUUUUUUAAAUUAAAAUUCCGAUUUUGUUACAUUUUAUACUGUUGAUGUUACAAUCCACAGAUUUGCAUAAUGUAAAUUUUUUUUUGUU